CUUCUAUUACCGUCUUCAAGUCUCUGUCUCUCUGUCUCUCUGUCUCUGACUCUCUCUGAAGCAAUGGAUCGAAAAUGCUUUCUCGCAUUUGCAUUUGCAUUCAUCUGCGUCAUUGCCUGCAGCGCCGGAGCCGAAUCUCCAGCUUCUGCGCCGUCGAAAGCUCCGCCAACUGCUACUACACCGACUUCACCUGCCGCAGCUCCGUCUAAACCACAAUCUCCAGCCAAAGCACCUUCCAAACCAAAGUCUCCGGCUCCGGUUUCGUCUCCAACAUCGGCUUCAGUACCACCAGCUGUUGCUCCAUCGAAGAAGCCCGCGGCGCCUGCACCAUCGAAGAAGCCGGAGGCGCCUGCUCCGUCGAAAAAACCGGUAGCGCCUGCCCCAGCGGCUACGACUCCAACGUCGUCGCCUCCAGCUGUCACUCCAGUGAGCUCCCCACCAGCUCCUGUUCCAGUCAGCUCUCAUCCGUCACCUGCUCCGGCGAAAUCUCCUCCAUCACCUGCACCAGAAAUUGUUCCCUCCAGCGCUCCUCCGGCUCCUGUUUCUGCACCAACUGCUGAGGUUCCGGCUCCUGCUCCCAGCAAGAAGAAGACCAAAACGAAAACUAAGAAACACCACGCGCCAGCCCCAGCGCCAGCAUUGCUAAGUCCUCCUGCGCCGCCGGCAGAAGCCCCCGGACCGAGCCUGGACGCUUUCUCACCCGGUCCCUCCGUGGCCGCCGAUGAGAGCGGAGCAGUUACGAUCAGGUCCGUGCAGAAGGUAAUUGCUGGCUUGGCAUUGGGAUUGGCUUUCCUCGGAUUGAUCCAUUAGAGAGAGAAAGAUUUAUGUAUAUUUAUUUUAUUAUUAUGUGUUCGGUGCUACAUUAUUUCGAGGACAGAGUUCUCCGACCGUUAGAUGAAUAAUUUAAAUGGAGUAUUCAAGGAUACAUUAUUUUUUUUAAUUAUAUUAUAUGUUUAACAAUCAUGUGAGUGUUAAACAGGUUAUGUGAUUAAAAGCAAGUCUUAUUGGCUUUGGAAAAUUCUGUCGGUUUGCUUUUGGACAGUUGGGAUUUACCCACGUCUACUUCUUUUAUUCUUUCGGCCGAGUGUGGGGAAAACUUUCUAGUUUUCUAUUGACUGCUUCAUUUACUGUUGUAUUAGUAUUACUAGCAAACUUCCUUUA